GCUCAGCUAUGCGAGGUAUGUGCGCGGCGGAGCCGGGGCCGCGCUCGCGGAGGCACGCCGCCAUGGGGCAGCGCGGCCCAGCGCUCCCGCUCCUGCCGCGCAGCGGGGCUGUCGGGUCCCGCGGGCCGGGGCGUAGCGCCCGCUGAAGGCGUCGGGGACGCAGCAGCCAGGCAUGGCUGACCCGCUCCGUAGGACGCUCUCUAAGCUGCGGGGCAGGAGGUCUCAGCGAGGGACAGCGGGCGCCGGGCACCGCCACGGCGGGGUGUGCGCCCCGCAGGAUCUAAUCGAAAAUGUUUACAUAGCUUCGAGAAGCAGGAAAGAGCCUGGGUCCCCCCAGGCCAGCGCAGUCCUUGAGCCCAGGCUGCUGAUGAACAGCAUCACUGUUUCUAAGAAACGCAGCUGGCUGCAGCAGAGCAUGCACCGACCUCCUCCUCAUUCUCUGGAAGAAGAAAAUGCCUGUAAGGAAAUGCACAGGGCUGUUACCCCGGUACGCAAAUCUCCUAUCCCGCUGCCUGAACCCGCUGUACCACGGGUUCCUUCCGUGUCACCGGUGGGGCGGGAGCGCCCCAUACAAGGCUGCGCUCCUGUCGGUGGCACUGCAAGCCCUGCCUUGCCAAGAAGCCCUGCUUUGGACUUGGGUGAGGAUAAUGAUGCAGAUGAUGAAGGAGAAAUAUGGUACAACCCAAUCCCUGAAGAUGAUGAGCCUGACUUGCCGAGGGUGCACCUUUCUGCUGUGAAUAGCCCUGUUGCUGUGGGCUCCCUGGCUAUUCAGUACAAAUCCCUCCCUGGAGGUGACUCUGGGAUGUCUGUGGGUCCCCGUGAGGGUCCCCCAUGCUCCACGGAGAGCACAGGGAACAGUCAUACAGCUCAGCCCAGCGAAGUGAGUCAGGCCGAUGCUGCACAUCCUGGGGAGCAAAUGCAGCAGCAUCGGCAGAGGUUUGCCUGCAAGGCUCCCAGUGUGCCGUCAGCGGAGGACAAUCCUACCUUUAAGUGCCUUUCAACAGGGUCUGGAGGUAUACUUGCACACAAGGCUGAUAGUCCCUCAACAGAGGUUUCUCCUCCAAGUCCCAGUCCUCUGAAAAAAAGCGGAUCAAUCAACUGGCCAUUCCCUGAUAGAAUUAAAUCUCCCAGAACUGUGAGGAAGCUUUCCAUGAAAAUGAAAAAGCUGCCAGAGCUGAGCAGGAAGCUGAGUGUCAAGGGAACUUCAAGCCAUACUAGUUCAGAUAAUCCUCCUUCCUUGCUGAAAGCCAGGGAUACAAGCCAUACAGUAUCUUUGCCAUCUUCUGGAAACUCAACCACAGCUGCCAGCAGGAAUGUGAUAAGUCGUUACCACCUGGACAGUAGCGUGUUGUCACAACACACCCCCAAAAAGAAAAGGUCGAGGAGCUCCAAAUCCUUCAGCAAAGGUGGUUACCUCAGUGAUGGCGACUCUCCUGAACUUAUAACAAAAUCAGGUAAACAUGGGCAUGAAACCAAGUGUGGGAAAGGAAAGGAGAGCCUUCCAAGUAACAGUGGUAAAACUGAAAUAGAUAUUGAUGCCUUCAAACACUACAACUUUUCUGAUCAACCCAAGUGCUCUCAGUACCUCUCUGGACUCAUGAGCAUUCACUUUUAUGGUGCUGAAGACUUAAAACCACCAAGAAUAGACUCAAAAGAUGUCUUUUGUGCAAUACAGGUUGACUCAGUAAACAAAGCAAGAACAGCCUUGCUUACAUGUAGGACAACAUUCCUAGAUAUGGACCACACGUUCAACAUAGAAAUCGAAAACGCUCAGCACUUGAAGCUGGUGGUGUUCAGCUGGGAGCCCACCCCACGGAAGAACCGUGUGUGCUGCCAUGGAACCGUGGCUCUUCCCACUCUCUUCCGAGUGGCAAAGACACAUCAGCUGGCUGUCAAACUGGAACCCAGGGGGCUUAUUUACGUCAAGCUGACACUCAUGGAGCAGUGGGAGAACUCUCUUGAUGGCCUCGGUGCAGAUCGGGAGCCUGUGAUGUUUGGGGUAGAUGCUCGGAAAGUUGUAGAGAAGGAAAACGCAGGCUUGAUGGUGCCACUUUUAAUGCAGAAAUGCAUCCUGGAGAUUGAAAGGAGAGGCUGUCAGGUGGUAGGCCUGUAUCGGUUAUGUGGCUCAGCAGCAGUUAAGAAAGAGCUUCGAGAAGCAUUCGAAAAGGACAGCAAGGCUGUUACCCUCUGUGAAAGCCAGUACCCGGAUAUUAAUGUCAUAACAGGUGUCCUAAAGGAUUACCUGCGAGAGCUACCCUCUCCCCUGAUAACCAAGCAGCUCUAUGAAGCAGUGUUGGAUGCCAUGGUGAAAAAUCCCUUGAAAAUGACAGCAAGUGGCUGUGAGAAUGACCCAGCUGACUCUGAGCACACAGCAGCCCUUCUGGAUUGUCUGCCAGAUGUUGAGAAGGCUACCCUGAAGAUGCUGUUGGAUCACCUGAAACUAGUGGCUUCUUACCACGAAGUAAAUAAGAUGACAUGCCAGAAUUUAGCUGUAUGUUUUGGGCCUGUGUUACUGAGCCAGAGGCAGGAGACCACUAACCAUAACAACAGAGUCUUCAUUGACUCGGAGGAGCUUGCUAGUGCCCUAGACUUCAAAAAGCACAUAGAGGUUCUUCACUAUUUACUCCAGCUGUGGCCAGUACACCACUCACCUGCCAAAGAGCCAGCACAUCUGAAUGCCUUUCCCGAGCACGCAUCCUCCCUGAAUUACCUGAGACCCAAGAGGCAGAGGCCUCAGAUGCUGAAUCUGAGCGGUACCGAGAUAUCUGGGGUACUCAGACCAAGGCCAGCAGGUCUAAACAGCCCGUCGAGCAACCGCUAUGCUGGAGACUGGAGUAGCUGUGGGGAGAACUACUUCUUAAACUCAAAAGACUGCCUGACUGAAGCAGACUACGAUGACGUCCCUUCGGAGGACUCAGAGAGCGGGGAUGACAGCAGCAAAGCUGAGGAGCUGGAUGCCCUGGCAGGACACCCCCAGUCCAUCCCCAGAGAGCACACGUUUCAGAGCUAUUUGACAAUGCAAGCGAUAGACUCCACAGUGGAUCACAAAGCAAACCUCAAAGACCUGCAGGAAAGCAUCGAUACUCUGAUAGGAAACCUGGAAAGGGAACUCAACAAAAAUAAACUAAAUAUGAGUUAUUAAACCCUGUCCUGCACGACGCCUCCUCCUUGCCCCUCACUUGCCCCCUCACACCUAGUGAUAAGGCCAUGGCUACCUGACGUUAACACACUUUAAGCCAUUCUGUUAUGUUUCUGCCGUUUUGUUAGAAGGUGUUGGCCUGAUUCAGCUGUUGGAGACAAGCUUAAAGACUCUGAGGUGAUUCCACAUAGUGGCAUUUCUCCCUAAAAACACUAUGCACUUAGGUGGUGUGGGCAAUAUCUGGUACAAGAUAAAGCGGUGGCUUUACUGGAGGAGCAGAACUCCUCAAUCUUGAAAUCCUGGCUCCGGUACAGAUGCUCCUCUCAGAAGAGGAUGGAUGCUGCUUGGCCUCAGUUUGCAGCAUAGACUUCACAGACUUGUUCUACUAUAUAUGCAAUGGCUGCUAUGAAAAAUGCUUUAUAUAUAUAUAAUAUUUAUAUAUAAAGUUUUAAUUGUACAAAUAUUAAUGUAUUCCUGUAUUAACACUUUCCAGUAAUUAUUUAAACAAGCAAAAAUUAAAUAUUUUUCUAACCUUGUUUGUAUAUAUCUAUGUAUAAAUGUGCAUGUGUCUGUAGCCACCUUUGAAGAGGAGAGGUCUCAAAAUGAUGCAGCGUCCCCAUGUUGAGGAGGACGUGUUCAGUGAUGCCGGGAGGAGGUUAUCCCUUGGGUAACACAGUGUUUGUUUUAUGCACAGAGAUAUGGCCAGGGGGAAGGCAAGGGAAUGAUUAACGUUAAUGACCUUGUGUUCUCUCUCACACACCACCUGCUUUCCCUGUUUUUUUUUUUUUUUUCCUUUUGUUCAGGUUUUGUCUCUGCAUCUUUUUUUUCAUUUCCCCUCCAUAUAUAAGGAAGGUCUGGAAGGUAUUUACCUUUCAAAAAACACUUCUGGUUUGUCCUUGUAACCUGUUACAUUAUUGUGGAGUUUCACAUGUUUCUGUUGUGGUACCUUUGUCUGGCUGCUGUAGUUAGACGUGUUUGAGCCCACUCUGAAGGCUCUGGAGAUGCAAGACUCAAGUUCAAAGGCAGUUACUUCUUUUCUGAGUCUUUAUUUCAAUGAAUCUCCCCAAAAUGGAAACCUGAGUUGUUACAUGAGGUAGAAUGGGUUGAGUGAUGUUACUCCUGGGGAGUUUGGGUGGGAUUGCAGUUCACUGUGACCUGAUUAGAUAGAGCUGUUUCCAUCUUCUCCUCUUAUCUUUAGGUAUUUAUGGUGAGCAAUUACACAUUUCACAUUUUGGAAAUGCAUUCUUGGUUUAAUUAAAAAUAGUUACCAGAUCACAUACGGAUGUUUUGAUAGUCCCUGUAACCAAAAGGAGAUGAAGAGUCAUUCCUUGUCCUUUACACAUCCCCCCCCCGUGAGGAAGGGGGGAAUUGGGUGGGUGAGGGUAAGAGAGUUUUGUGUUUUGAGAGGUCAAAGUUGCUGUCAGGGUAGAAGUUAAUUCUCUUCAUGUUCUUGGUACAAUGUUGGUAUCCCACCAUGGCUUCCUGUUCACCCAGUAAGUGCUGUUCUGCUAACCUUGUAUUGCUUAAUGGAAGAGUUAUUUAUUUACAGUAGCAAGGAAUUUAGAAUUACUAUGGCAAACUUCACCCCUCUUUUCUAAGGAAUUAUUCUAGCAUGGUUUCAAGUGAUUUAUCCAAUCCCGUUAAUUUAUUUUUUAUGUGUUAAAAGAUGCAAGACAAUUAUUGCAAUAUAAUGAUAAUGUAUGAAAAUGUAAAUUUAACCUGAAGCAUUUAUCAAUAAAUCGAUGUAUUUUUUUAAACUUUUAUACCUACAGAAUGUGCAUACUUUUUGAACUAUAAAUUUAAAUUCUAAAUAAAAUUUGAAUUAAGAACAAAA